UGUCAUGUGUCUUGUUUCCGCCCGAAGUCAUGAGAAGCAGGUACUGCACGCGCGUUGUGUACACUACAAACGGCCAUGCGUAAGUAGCCUAAAGUGAUAGUUUCACAAUGUGUAUGAAAGAACUCCGUUAGACGAGUCGAUGUAACCGGAGGAGGGAACAAUCCUCUUGAACCGCGACGGGCAUUUGAACGUUGACGAGGAGACAUUCUUCCGACUCCACCGAGCAGUCAGCAUGGGGCUCAAGCGACAGAAACAAGCCAAGAAAACUUUGAGUUUCUACAAAUACAACUUCAGCUUCAGGGAACCCUUUCAGAUCCUCUUCGAUGGGACUUUUUGUCAGGCGGCUCUGAAGAACAAGAUUCAGAUCAAAGAGCAGAUGCCCAAAUACCUGAUGGGAGAGGUGCAGCUGUGCACGACAAGCUGUGCUCUGAAGGAACUGGAGACUCUGGGCAAAGACCUGUAUGGAGCCAAAAUCAUCCUGCAGAGGUUUCAGACAAGGAGGUGUCCACAUUUAAAGGACCCUGUCCCCGCGUCAGAGUGUCUGCUGUCCAUGUUGGGGAAGACGAACCCUCACCACUACUUUGUUGCUACACAGGACCACUCAUUAACGGAAGGCCUGAAGAAGAUCCCAGGCGUCCCCCUGCUGUACAUCAUCCUCAACACCAUGGUGCUGGACAAGCCCUGCCAGACUUCCCUCGAUCACGUCCGGGCCGUCCAGCUGGGAGAGCUGGUCUGCCCGGCCCAGCAGGAGAGCCUCCGCAGCCUCAAGGAGGAGCAGGGCAUUGCCCAGAAGGAUGGAGAGUGGCGGGGGAAGAAGAGGAAGAGGAAGCGGAGCAAUCCCAACCCUCUGAGCUGCCUGAAGAAGAAAAAAAAAGGCGGGCCGACGCCGCCGAAGAGGAAGGCGGAGGAGGGGGAUGGUGUGAAGAGGAAAAGAGUUAGACACAAGAAACAAAGGACGGAGGGAGGAGACACGUCUGCUCCUGCGAUUACAAAUGCAUAGUACAGCAGGAAGACAAGAGACUUCAGCCAAUUCAUUUCUUGCUUUCAUAUUAUUUUAAGAUGCCCAUGGUCCAAAUCUGAAAUGAUUCCACUCUGGCCUGUUUUUCCUGAUAUUACUGCAUCGAAUAAACCAAUUGUUUAACACACACAAUACAAUUUUAAAAUACUG